AUGGCGUUGAGUGUACAUUUUUGCCAUUUAAUCUCACACCAGACCCACUGGGCAACUGGUUGGUUGGCCCUUCGAAUGCCAUAUGUGUAUCACUUUCCGAUCUCUAUUCUAUGUGUCAGCUCCGACGAUACUAGACAAAACGCUAAUUCAGCAGGCAAACUUGCUCCACCCUACUCGGCUGUAGCCGGACCCAAUCCCGCUUGUCGAUCACGGCGAGCUACCACUGUGGGGCAGUUGCCCACAUCCGCCGUCAUCGCUCAAACUCAUUCGCUAUUGUAG